GGAAGACCGCAAUCGUCGUCAACGAUAGUCGACAGUACGCCGUAGGCAACAUGGGGACGCACAGCACCAUAUUUGCCGUCCUAGGCGCAGCUUUGUACCUCUGCGCCAUUACUUUGGGGGAGGAAUUGUCAAAUGAUACGGCAAUCGACGCGUCUCUCGUAGCUAGCAAGUCUAUCACGACGACGUGGGCGACUUACUUUCCUAACCGAGCGGUUAGCGUAUUUUCCGGAAAUUCAAUCACGCUUCGCAUCGUCGAUGAGUAUGAAGAUUUGACCACUUGCACAGCCAAAUUACCAAGUGGUGAAGAAUUCAACGUUCUCAACGCCACCAAUGAUAAUUUGGAUGAUAUCCGCUCGUACGGUCAAUGCGGUGUUACAGUUCGAGUGAACAGCAAUCACACGGGCACUUGGCGAUUGGAUGCGAUAAUUGGAGAAGAAAUAAAUUAUUUCGCGACUUUCUCAGUCACGGUCGUAGAAGAUAGCAAUGCUUCCACUGAGUCAACAGUUUUGCACGUCGAACGCGGUAAAUCAGCCACCAUGACUUUCGGUCCAAGCGAUGCGACUUCGUGCAGGCUCACAAAUCCGAGCGGUCAAACCCUGCCCUUGGAACUAGGAUCUUGCCAACUAGAAAUCUCGACCGUCACCAGCGUACAUGAGGGGUUCUGGACCGCGAAAUACAGUAUUGCAGGAAGAAUGGAUCUCAUAGAACACGUAACCGAGGUCGUUGUUUACGAUGAUAGCUCGUUCAACGCCAGCGUUACGGUUUCUGAAGAUGGCAGCGUGAAUCUACUUUGUCGCGUGCGAGCCUCAUCCUAUUCAUUAUGUCAAUUUGUGAAACCGAAUGGAGAAGUCUUAAAUGUUCUCGAGGCAAUCGGCGAUGACAGGUACCUCUAUUACGGACUCGGAACUCACUCCUCAACUGGGAUUUCCAGUGUGCAAGAGCACGACUGUGGAAUAACCAUCCUGAAACCAGCCUACUUAGAUUACGGAGCCUGGAGGUGUAUCGUUGGCACUGACUCAGGGUUAUCGGGUGCGGUGCUAACAGUGCCUACCCGUAGAAGAGACGAAAACGUAAAUGUUCGCACUCCGCAUAUCACUGAAGACGUCUACGUCACAAAGGGUGAUAGUUUCACGAUCAAGUGUAGUGUGGACGCGGAAUUGAGGUACUGCUGGGUACGUAGCCCCAAUGGUACGGCCUACUCGGUAUCCUCAACCGGAUCGUCACCCUCGGUUCUCUCUUACGAUGGGAUGGGGCUGUCACUCGGAGAGUGCGGCGCCGUAGUUCCAGCUUCCGAAGAAACGGAUGAAGGCGAUUGGCAAUGCAGGAUGGGGACUGUUGAUGGAGAGGAAGUUGGCACAAAUGUUAACGUCGUUGUUACAGAUACGCCACUCGUCCCCACAGCCAGUGUGGUGUACUUGGAGCAGACAUCCACGCAGCUGUCCUGCUUCAUACCUCCUGGAUAUGAAUAUUCCAUCAACUACUGUCGAUGGAUCCAACCGAAUGGAAAUGGUAUCCAACAGUCGACGAACUCCCGAUAUAAAACAGGACAAACAAUCACUAGCUGUGAGCUAGAAUUAGUCAUGGGAAGGAAACAGUCCCAUGACGUUGGAAACUGGACCUGCGUAGCAGGUCUCGAUGGAUCCUCCGAAGAGGUGUCAGCCACCAUCCAGGUUCAACGAAUAACAGCCGAGAAUAACAGAAACGAUAAAAGUUAUUCUUUGAGCCUCAUUCUUACCAUCGGUAUGGCCGUGACCAUUAUCGCCGGCCUUGUCGUAGUUACGAUCCGUUCCAGACUGUUGAAGAACAAAAAGUCGGACCUGCCCCCCAGGUAUCAGGAGCACAGCCCGGGACUGCCUUGCUCGACGUUCCCCGUAACUAAUCAAUCGUGAUUUUGGCGCAUCGAAAGUUGACAUAUUGCACGGACUUGAUUAUCGCUACCCUCUAUUUCUUUUCAAAAACAACGUGUAUGGACGUUUAUAGUUCACAAUACUUAGUCAUAUCUACAAGCACAAUGGAUUCGACUACAUCUUAAAUCUUGUUCCACGCCCUCGUCUCACGUAUCUUUGAUAUUCACCAUAAAUCCCAUGACCGCCUCAGGAAAGUGUCGUUAAUUAUACCGUCGCGAAUUGCCCGGCCGCGACCCGCAGGCAGUGCGUUUCUCGAAAGCACCGAUAAUCGCAUGUUUUUGACAAAUCUCCUGCAAAGGUGAACGAAAAAGUUGCUGAUCAAGGGAAAAAAAAAAACACAUCGUCGUCUUACAUCGCUGAACGCAAAGAGCUCGAUCCGCCCCGCCCGCGAGCGUUUCAUUCCCCGGAAGAUACUCGCCCGGAGGCGUGAAAGACGGACCUCAUCUAGGCGAAGCAGUGCACGCCCACGCCUCGAGUGGUUUCAUUACGUCCACACGAGCUUCGAGAUAGGAUGGCCCACCUCUGCGCCGGUAGAUUUUGGCACGUGCGAAUGUGUGAGCAAGGCGCGUGUCGUGACGACUGCGAUUACGGAAUAUCGCACAUCCGGGGCUAGGGUUCGUCGAGGCGCGGAUGCAACGGGGCGCCCCAUUUCCCGGAGUACGGCUGCAACAACAUCGCAACGGGUGCUGUGAGAACCUCCAUCCUGGACUGCCGAAACCGAGGCCUGCAGGAGGAGGCACGCAGGCAGGCACGCAUCACGCACGCACGCAUAGCGUUUGGCCGAUUCUCGUGGGCGCGUGAAAUAACCCGCGGGAAAUUGGUGUAUCGUUGGAUACUUUCAUUGUCAGUAUGGGAAGAAGGUCGUGAAUUAUGACUCUCGAGUUUUGUGUAGGGUCGUGUAAACAUCUCGAUUGCGUUACAGCUGGUAUAUGUCUGUGUUUAUACCUGUACGGUUUCGGGGGAUAAGAGAUUGAGGAGGAGAGAAAGAAAGAGAGAGAAAUAGUCGCUGGCGCAUUAAAAAUCGGGUAUUUGUCUGAACGAUCCUGCAUAAUGGGUUUUAAUUUUAUUACGGAUGUUUACAAGCACUCAAAGUAAAUUAUACAACCAUGUUAUAACUGAAA